AUGGGGCUGGCCCAGCUCCCGAACCCCUCAGGCCGGCGGGUCAUCGUGGCCAUCAUGUUCCUGGCCAAAUCCCUGCUUGUCUCAUCCUUAGUGUUGGGAGUCCAGUUACAUCUGUACCAGCCUCAGCAGUUCCUGUUUGUGGAAGUCGGUGGGACAGCAGAGAUCCACUGCUCCUCCAGGGAAAGUGUGGAAUGGGGAGGAAAUGUGCACUGGUAUCUGAGAAGGACGGGUGAGGCCCCCAUGCACAUUAAGAAGUGUGCAGAUGAGCAAAAUGUGAGCAGAUUUGCUUGCAAGCAUAAGGGAUGCACCACAACACUGGAAAUCAGAGCGAUCCAGAGGAAUGAGUCUGGCAUUUAUUACUGUGCACAUGCAGCCACCAGCUCCUUGAUGUUUGGGAAUGGAACCACGGUGAUAGUUGGAGACAGCUUCACCGACAGCAGCUCUGUGCUGCUCCUGGGCCCCGUUGCAGGAGAGAAUGGAGUCACAGAGCCUGCACAUCUGGCCUGUGUGGUCUGGGGAGUCUCCAACCUUGUCCAGGUGUCCUGGCAUGUUCCCAGAGAGGAACCAGCCCAGAGGCUGCCACGCUCGCUGGAAGCCAGUGAUGGGUCCUUAACACUCAUGCAUGGCAUCAACAUCCCCUGGACCAGCUGGGCCAGCGGGGCAGCCGUCACCUGUGAGGUCACAUUCAACUCGUCUGGCAGCAGCGUUACCAGACAUGCCGUCUAUUCUGCAUCUCCUUCCACACCCUGCGUCAUGCUCCCUGUCGUGGCAGUGGGCAGUGCUGUGCUGCUGUUCACGGUGCCCUUGAGUCUCAUCUGGAUCUGCUGCCCUCCCAGAUGGGGAUCCUGCCCCAGGACGCCAGCACCGCACAUCUCCCAUCAAAAUCAGGACGGACUCGUAUAUGUGGACCUGGCAUUUGAACCGCUACCUUGCCGCAAACCCAGAAAGCAGCAGGCAGCACAAGGGAAGAAUGUGACACCAUGA